UUUAUAACCCGCAUGAGCGAGGGACCAUGAUGGGGAUAUACUACACCGGCCCUCUUCUAGGGCCGUCCUUGGGACUUAUCAUCGGUGGUGGACUCACUGAGGCACUUAGUUGGAAAGCACCAUUCUGGGCAUUGACGAUCAUCAGCGGUCUAGUCUUGGUGUCAUUUUUACUAUUCUUCAAGGAUACCUUCAGGAGAGAACGGAGUCUCGCUUUCCAGGACACCUUGAAACAAAGGACACCUCGGAAUGGCGAGUCGGCGAUCGCAGACGCGCCAGAUCAAACCCUCACAGAUGCAGGCGAUCGGAACAAUCUAACUGAGAAGCCCAGCGGCAAGGCCGAGGAACCCUAUCACCCUUCUAGUAUCAGUGUUGUUGCCGAAGCGUCUCCUUCUCUGCUGCCUACUCUUCCCAAGGAUGGAAUCAAGUUGAGGAUCACUGAUGUGAAUCUGUUCCGUCCGAUAUGGCUCGUCCUUCGGCGCUGGAAUAAUUUCGCAACUCUGAUUGCUUCUGCCAUCUUAUUUGCAUUCACUUACUGUGUAGCAUACACCGCUUCCAGGACUCUGGCGUCUGCAUACGGAUAUGAUGCUCUAAAUAUAGGACUUGUAUUGCUUUCUUAUGGCGGAGGUCUUAUUGUCGGGAGUAUCCUUGGCGGCAGAUGGUCGGAUCGGGUGCUCGGGCGUCUGAAAUCUUCUAGUGGUGGAUGCAGCUAUCCCGAGGUAACGCUCAAUUUGUAUAUUCAAUACCCACUACUUCCUCUUUUGCAGAUGCGUCUGCAGAGUACCAAGCCUGCAAUGACCUUGCUGCCAGCCUCUAUCACUGCCUAUGGGUGGUUUGCAGAGAAACAUAUUCAUGUUGCCAGCAUAUGUGUUGCUUUGUUCUUCGUAGGACUCAGUUGCACUUGGAUAUAUUCAAGCACUAUCGCGUAUAUUGUGGACGCCAAUGCUGGUCGAUCUUCAACUGCAGUGGCGUGCAACAGCUUGUUUCGCGGUGUCCUCGCUUUCAUCGCGACUGAGGUAGCUGUACCCCUGAGUGACGCAAUAGGUGAAGGGGGACUGUAUACCAUUUGGGCAGGAUUGGCCAUUGUAACGGAAUUGCUCAUCCUGUUGGUAGCGUGGAAGGGAUCGCAAUGGAGGGAGAGGUCAGAAGCUUCGGAAAGGGCAGCAGCAGGGUAG